CGGCAACCUACCUAGCAGUGGAGCGUGAUCAUACACAUAGCAGCGUGGCGUCAGGUGUGCUGUGUGGCAGUCAUCGGAGCGGUUGCCCUGCUGCUCGUCCAAAGGUGUGCAAUGCCGCAGUCACACUUAUCGUAGUCGACGGGCAAGCCAACGAUUGAGGGGGAGCUUGCAGUUCCGCAGUGCUGAGAGUAUCUCCGUAUCUCCCAAACAUGAAGAAGGCGGGCAUUCAUAGCGGCUGUUGCCACAGCCUACCCCACUGGCACUCGGGAGGGCUCCGGGGGUUGGUGCUCCUUCUCCUGGCUCUGAUGGUGGUGUCGUCCCAAAGAAGUUGUUGCUACCCUUUCCCGAUGCAGCAGGCUUUCGUGGCGCCAGCAGCUAGGCCGCCUGCACUGGGGCCUGCCCGUGAUCAUCAGCAGGGGUUGCAACGCCAACGCCGGCGUACCGCCGGCACUCCUCCUGCAGGCAGGAAGCUGCUACUGGCGCCACUUGUCGGUGCCAACGGGGGGCAUGAUUCGCUAAGGCAGUCUCAACCGCACUCCUCCAGUGAAAGCAGCAGCCGUAGCAGCAGCCGUGCGUCGUGUUGGAGCGUGGCGGGCCCAACACCUUGGGCUGAUGUUGGCACGACCAGACAGGCGUCGUCGUUGGUCGUGACCGCCGCCGCACCCCAAGGAAACGAGGGUGGGGGGCCGAGGCUCGGGGGGGAGCGGCGAUGGCGACGGAGGGCCGGCGGGGUACCGGAGCGGCACGGAGAUCAACGGGUGACGUGCGGAAGGGAGUGGCAUCGGCUGGCUACCGUUGGGACGGAAGGGAGUGGUGGUGAUGGGGAGAAGAAGGGGUCUGAGGGUGGGGUGGAAGCUGUCGGGGAGGAUGCGGCGGCUGAUGUGGGUGGAGCCGUGGAGGAAGGGAAGGAAAAGGGUGACGGCUGGGUCAAGAGGAGGUGGCGCUACGCGUUGGCCAAGAUGAAGAAGGAGCCUCUCCAGAUCCUCACCAUCCCGGUAUCGGCGGCAUGCGUAGGCUGGUUAACGAACAAGCUGGCCGUGGAGAUGAUUUUCCACCCUCUGGUGUGGAGGGGCAUCCCGCUGCGAGUGGUCAAGGGUCAGCCCCUCGGCCUGCUCGGCUGGCAGGGCAUCGUGCCCGCUAAGGCGGGUGUGAUGGCGGAACGGAUGGUUGACAUGGUUACCACGCAGCUGGUCGACGUGGAUGAGGUGUUCCGCCGCCUCUCGCCGGGGCAGGUGGCGCGUCUCCUCGGCCCGGAGAUAGACUCGAUCGUGCAGAGCGUGUACGAGGACCUCGCGCCCGGGCCGCUGGCCUGGGUGCCCGGGAGCUUCGGGUCGGGGCUCGUCCCCCAGGCGGUGGACGAGCUUAAGGGGCUCCGCCGAAACAUGCUCGUGGGGAUCACGAAGGACAUGCAGAAGCAGGUGACCCACGUGCUGGACCUAAAGAAGAUGGUGGUGGGCGAGAUGCUCCGGGAUCGGUCCCUGAUGGUCUCGCUGUUCCAGCGAUGCGGCAAGGCCGAGUUCAAGUUCCUCGUCAACAGUGGGUUUUUCUUCGGGUUCUUGCUCGGCGUGGUCCAGAUGUUCGUGUGGCUUCUGUACGACAAGCCCUGGACUCUGCCCGCGGGGGGCGCCGUGGUUGGGUACAUCACCAACUGGCUGGCCAUCAAGCUGAUCUUCGAGCCGGUGGACCCGGUCAAGCUUGGGCCUUUCGUCCUGCAGGGGCUGUUCCUCAAGAGACAAGACGAGGUUGCCGCAGAUUUCGCAGAGUUUUUCUCGAGCAACGUGCUGACCUCCAACAAGCUGUGGAGCUCCAUCAUCGACGGGUCUCGGGCGGAUGCGUUCCGAGAGCUCGUGGCCGCACGCGUCGUCCCCUUCGUAUCGAGGGCGUCGGCGGUGGCCGGGGCCAACCUAGACCCGCUCGCCGUUAAGGGUCUUGCGCUCAGGGCUGUGGGGAAGCUGGGGGACCACGUGCACGUCCUGCACGACUACACCGACAAGACCUUGGCCUUGAGAGAGACCAUGACCGUGCAGAUGCAGAAGAUGUCCACCCGCACGUUCGAGGGCGUGCUUCACCCGGUGUUCCAGGAAGAUGAAUUCACGCUCAUCAUCGCCGGCGCCAUCCUCGGAGCCAUCGCGGGUUUCCUGCAGAUGCUGCUCAGCACCAAGGGGGUCAGGGACGCGGCGAAGAACGCGGCGUCUCUGGCGGCGGAAAAGGCGGCGGCCACGGCGGACGGGGUUGUGGACGUCGGAGGCGGUCUGGUGGAUGGUGUCGGGGCGCCCGUCCAGGCGGGGGCACAGGCGAUUCAGACCGGGGCCCAAGUGGCGCAGACGAGGGUUCAAGCGGUCCGGGAAAGGGCGGUCGGAUUCGGGCGGCGAGUGGGCUGCACAGCACAAUGGUGCGCGGAAUACGUGCGCAGCGUAGCGGUGGCGAAGGGCCGCUGGUUGUCACGGGGCGGGAGGGCCGCCGCGGCCGCCAUCGCCGACCGCUACCACCGGCGGCGCCGAUGCAGCGCCAGCGAUGGCAGCAGUAGUGAUGUCAGCGCCAGCGAUGGAAGUCGGCCCGAGGGCAGCUCAAAAACAAGCGACGCCGACGACGGCCUGUCGUCUUGUUCUGAUUGACCGCCCAUAGAGGAUCGUUCGGAAGGGGGCAGGGUGAGCUUUUGGCCCGCCUCAGCCGCUAAUAAUUUAUGAAUUGGUAGAGGGUAGCCCACCAAAGACAGUGCACUGCCUGAAAUCGCUGCUAUACUACGGACGUUGUCCGCAGGAUCACCCUGCAGUCAUUUAGAAGCUGUUCUUUAGCCCUUUAUGUGGUGGGUCUGAGUCAUAGACAGGAUGGAAUGGGAGGCCAGUCAGAGAGAGAGAGAGAGGGAGAGUGGUGUGAAGCGCGACACGAGCUGGCACAUUGUAGAUUGUUGGGCUAUGUCUUCUAAUGUGCUACCACAAGCGGCGACACAUGUUAGAGUUUGCUGCUGUUAAGAUGAUCGUUGACGCUUCGGCCUUACCCUCGGGAAUUCGACCUACUUCACUGCGUGCUU